AUGACCGACAAAAUGGAUAUGUCAUUAGACGACAUUAUCAAACAGAACAGACAGCAGAGAGGUGGUGGUAGAGGAGGAAGAGGCCGCGGCCGCGGAGGCUUUGGCGGCGGCCGAGGAGGAGGCGCUGGGCGCCUUGGAAUGAGCGGCGCAGGAUUUGGAGGCCGAGGCGGAGGAUCCGGCCCCAUGAGGAACCGGCAAAACACGAACCGCGCCCGAGGCAGACCGACGCCAUACAACAGGCCUAAACAGCUUCCAGAUAAAUGGCAACACGACAUGUUCGACAACGGCUACAGUGGAUACAACGGCGCAGCUGGCGGCGGCGCUGGUGUGGAAACAGGAGGAAAGCUUCUCGUCUCCAAUCUCGACUUUGGUGUUUCUGAUGCAGAUAUUCAGGAACUUUUUGCAGAAUUUGGUACGCUAAAAAAGGCUGCAGUCCAUUACGACCGUUCAGGAAGAAGUCUAGGAACAGCAGAUGUCCACUUUGAAAGAAGGGCUGACGCACUCAAAGCAAUGAAACAGUACAAUGGCAUUCCACUUGAUGGGAGGCCAAUGAACAUACAGCUUGUCACAUCACAGAUUGAUACACAGAGACGGCCAAUGCAGGGAAUGAACAGAGGCGGUGGAAUGAACAGAAACCGUGGGGGCAAUUUUGGUGGAAUGCAGAGAGGAGGGCGCAUCGGAGGUCGUGGCGCAGGCGGUUUCAGAGGACGGGGUCGAGGAGGACGGGGGGCUUCUAGUAAUAAACAACAGCUUUCUGCAGAAGAACUUGAUGCCCAGUUAGACGCCUACAAUGCGAGAGUGAGUCUGGCUUUUCGUUCUGCGUGUGGUAGAAAUAUGGACACCAGCUAA